AUGAUUCUCGUCCUGACAAUAAUAGUAGAUUAUUCUGGAUUUGUGAAAAAGUUAACAUGGCACGAAAGUGAAUCAAGUGAUGGCCAAUGGAAGGAGUUCCGGAGAGACCCUCAGAAUCGAUGUGAUUUUUAUGGAUGGUGCGGUCCUAAUAUUAUAUGUGAACCUACUUAUGUAAAUAAAUUUGAAUGUGCCUGUUUACCUGGGUUUGAGCCCAAGUACCCAAGGGACUGGUUUCUGAGAGGUGGCUCUGGUGGUUGUGUCAGGAAACUACUAGAAUCCUCUUCAGUCUGCGAGCACCGAGAAGGAUUUGUGAAGGUGGAAAAUUUAAUUCUUCCUGACUCUACCGCAGCAGUUUGGGUGGACAUGAGCAUGAGUCCUGCAGACUGUGAACUGGAAUGCAAGACGAAUUGUUCAUGCUCCGUGUACGCCAGCAUUGAAAUUCCUGGGCAAGGGGUUGGCUGUUUGACUUGGUAUGGGGAAUUAUUAGACAUGAAAUAUGGUACGACUGAUAGUUAUGAUCUAUUUGUUCGCGUUGAUGCAUAUGAAUUAGCUGAAUAUAACAGGAAGUCAAACGGUUCUGGUGAAAAGAAGGACAUUCUGGCAAUUUUGGCACCGUCCGUUGCAUCGCUAUGGUUUAUCAUUAGCUUAUUUGUGGCUCAGGAAGAGGGCACAAAAAUGUAA